AUGUCGAAACAUGCCAAGUCACGCUGCCACAAGGAAGCGGUCGAUCGCCUGCUGACAAUCCCGGAAAAUGUCUGCGAUGUUGGUGAGCGCUUGGACUCCCAGUUUACUGCCCAGCGGAAGGAGAAUUGUGCUUGUCUGCUGCAAGUGCUCCGCUCCGUGCGCUUUCUCGCACGACAGGGACUCGCUUUGCGUGGAAGCUCCAGGUCGGGAGGUGGAGAGUGUGACGUGGACAAUUAUGUUGACGAUGUACUGACGCCAGCAUCGACGCGAGAAGCAGUAGCUGCUGAACUGGAGCGCUACAGUCUUCUCACAAAGCCACCAGAGCCGCCGUCUACUGCACGAGUGCUGGGCCUGCAGCUGUCGACAUCUGCAAACAGCGACGACACCCGAUGGUCGAGGCGAGAUUGCGUAGAUCUUGCAUUUGAGCGUCCCCUGACGAAGCGAGGCGUCCUCCAGUGGACCGGACGACUGACCAGUCACUACCCAGUAGGCGCCGGGCUGCGACCCGCCUGCUCGUACUUGAAGCAUAUGGCAAGCACAGCUACUGGCUGGGACGAUCCGGUUCCGCAAGGCAUUGUACGGUGUGCCGGCGAAGUAGUUGAGCGUCUGGCACGUGGUGACUCUGCACGUGGAGUUUGGCGUGUGCCGUCAACAUCUGGCGGCGACUGGGCAGUCUACUGCGACGCGUCUGACCUGGCGACUGGCAUUGUGCUGAAACACAAUGGAGACAUCGUUGGGGAUGGCACGUGGCUACGUGAUGCAGACGACAGGAAAUGCAUCAACGUCGCAGAACUCGACGUGGCGAUGCGUGGUCUGUCACUGGCUGUUGAGUGGGGCCUGGAAUCAGUGCGGCUCAUUACUGACUCCAAGGCUGUAUUUGGAUGGCUUGGUCAAGUUGCCGAGAAUGCGUGCCGUGUUCGCGUAGGAGGCCUGCACAAGGUGCUCAUUGAACGUCGACCCGAUACAACUGCUGAGAUUGCCGCCCCCGUCGAUAGCACAGUUGAUGAGGCAGCGAGACUAGCUGUCAAGCGCGAUGAAGUACAGCAUGCCCAGAGAGCAUCUCCCCAGCUGAUGCCUGUACUGUCGACUGUCCAGCUAGGCAAACGAGUCGAGGUAAAGCCAUUCAGCAAGAUCAGAGACCAGCUUGUUCUGGAUGACGGAGUGUUAUCUCGCAGCUUCAGGCUCCCGGCACUCGGGAAUGUGACCGUGCCGAUCAUCCCAGAAUCUCUGAUACCACGUGAAGUGGAAGAAGCGCAUCGAAUGUCCGGGCACGGUAGCUGGACAGUGAUCAAGUGGGUCGAGGUGAAGCCACUACGGCGACACGAUGCUGCAAGCGUUGCAGGAGCGCUGACUAGUAUGUGCUGCCGGUGGGGUCUGCCCGAUCAAAUCCAAAUGGACACCGAGACCGAGUUCCAGAAUGCUGUUGUCCGGUCCCUCUUCACCCAGUUUGGCGUGCGCGUGAAGACUGGAGCAGUUCGCCACCCACAGUCGCAAGGCGGCAUGGAGCGCAUGAAUCGCACUCUCAUAACGCUGAUGUGGUAA